GGAGAACUUUGCCUCGCAGGUGUCUCGGGCCCGGGGGCGCGUUUUUGAGGGCUCCAUUGGGAGUUUAUUUCCCAAAUCAACAAAAUGGGACCCUCGUUCCCCUUCUCCCCAGGUGGGAAGAAGUCAGACCGAAGUGAAACUCUGUGAGUCAGCGCACCGCACCGGGCCGGGGCGCGGCUGCCAGGGAGGCGCCGCCCCUGAGCUGUGGACCGGAGUCCCGGGGCCGCCCGCCCCGGGGGCGCGGUCGGGGCGGAGUCGCCGCCCGGCAGCCCCGAGCGUUUCUCAGGCCCGGCCUGGACUGCGCGGUCUUGGACCAUGGCUGGUCUCACGGCAGAUCCGGAGGCCAAGCUGCUGUCUUUCCAGCGGUUCCGAGCCUUGAGCAACCCGUGCCUCGCCUACGGCUACGGCUCGCGCAGCCUGAGCAAGCUGCGGGAGAGCGAGUUCGGUCGGCUGGCAGGAACUGUUUACCUCGAUCAUGCAGGAGCCACCUUGUUCCCCCAGAGCCAGCUCACAAGCUUCACUAAGGAUCUCAUGGAAAAUGUUUAUGGGAACCCUCACAGCCAGAACACCACCAGCAAGCUGACCUAUGACACCGUGGAGCAGGUGCGCUACAGGAUCCUAGCCCAUUUCCAUACAACUCUGGAUGACUACAGUGUGAUCUUCACUUCUGGGAGCACGGCUGCCCUCAAGCUGGUAGCAGAGACCUUUCCGUGGGUUUCUUGCCAGGGGAGCAGCGGGAGUCAGUUCUGCUACCUCACGGACAACCACACCUCUGUGGUGGGCAUGAGGAAGGUGCUUGCAGCCAGGAGCAUCCCAUCUACUCCAGUCAGGCCAGAGGACCUGCGCGUGGUGGAGCAAAGAGACGAAAUGGGUGGUCACUCCAGCUGUGAGCUUUCACAUCUCUUCUGUUACCCAGCUCAGAGCAACUUUUCAGGAACCAAAUACCCACUGUCCUGGAUAGAGGACAUCAAGUCUGGGCGGAUGAGUCCUGUGAACUUGCCUGGGAAGUGGUUUGUGCUGUUGGAUGCAGCCUCCUAUGUGAGCACCUCGCCUUUGGACCUGUCCACUCACCAGGCCGACUUUGUCCCUAUCUCCUUCUAUAAGAUCUUUGGGUUCCCUACCGGCCUGGGUGCUCUGCUGGUCAAUAACCGUGUGGCUCCUCUGCUGAAGAAAGGCUACUUCGGAGGAGGGACUGCAGCUGCCUACCUUGCAGGAACAGACUUCUAUGUGCCAAGGUCAUCAGUGGCUGAAAGGUUUGAAGAUGGAACCAUCUCUUUCCUUGAUGUGGUAGCAUUAAAACAUGGAUUUGAUGUCCUAGAGCACCUCACAGGUGGUAUGGAGAAUAUAAAGCAGCACACCUUCACGCUGGCCCAGUACACCUAUGCCAUGCUGUCCUCCAUCCGCUACCGUAACGGAGCCCCUGUGGUUCGAAUCUACAGCGACUCUGAGUUCAGCAGCCCUGACGUUCAGGGUCCCAUCAUUAACUUUAAUGUACUGGAUGACAAGGGAUGCAUCAUUGGCUAUUCCCAGGUAGACAAAAUGGCCAGCCUCUACAACAUCCACCUGCGAACUGGCUGCUUCUGCAACACGGGGGCCUGCCAGCGGCACCUGGGCUUAAGUGACAACCUGAUCAAGGAACAUUUUGAGGCUGGGCAUGUAUGUGGUGACCACAUUGACCUCAUUGAUGGACAGCCUACGGGUUCUGUGAGGAUUUCCUUUGGAUACAUGUCCACCAUUGAGGAUGCCGAGGCCUUUCUCAAGUUCAUCAUAGCCAUCUCCCUUCACUCUUCAGGUGGCCAGCCUGUGUCCAAGGCUACAACUGGGGAGCCUGGAGCUAAAGCCACAGAGCACAAGGCCCAGAAUGAGCCCACCAUCACCAACAGUCACUGUCACUCACCUGAGGAAGAUGGCCACACAGAUGCCAGGAUUUGGAACAACUCACACCCUUUGCACCCAACUCUGAGGGAGGCCUCCAGUGCCAGGCAGGCCCCUGUGCAGGAGCCUGCAGGUGCCCUGAAUAGGGAUCCUGAGCUACCUGUUGUCACCAAAAUCUGCCUUUACCCCAUCAAAUCCUGUGCUGCAUGUGAGGUGACCAACUGGCCUAUAGGAAAGCAAGGGCUGCUUUACGAUCGGAGCUGGAUGAUUGUGAACCACAAUGGUGUUUGCAUGAAUCAGAAGCAGGAGCCACGGCUCUGUCUGAUCCAGCCUUUCAUUGACCUGCAGGAAGGGAGCAUGGUCAUCAAAGCUGAAGGGAUGGAGCCUAUAGAAGUGCCUCUUGAGGAAGACAGUGGAUGGGCUCAGAUUUACCAAAGCAAAGUGUGUGCAGACAGGGUAAAUACUUACGACUGUGGAGAAGAAAUUUCAAAAUGGUUGUCAAAGUUUUUUGGCCGUCCAUGUCAUUUAAUCAGACAGAGUUCAAACUUCCAACGAAAUGCCAAGAAGAAACAUGGGAAAGAUCAGUUGUCCAGCACCACUGCCUCCCUUUCUCUGGUGAAUGAGGCCCAGUAUCUGCUGAUAAACACAUCAAGUAUUAUGGAACUUCAGAAGCAAUUAAAUACCAGUGAUGAGAAUGGAAAAAAAGAAGAAUUCCCCAUGAAAGAUCUCAUCUCACGUUUCCGGGCCAAUAUUAUCCUGAAUGGAACAAGGGCAUUUGAAGAAGAGGGAUGGGAAGAAGUUUCAAUUGGCUCUUUGCGUUUCCAGGUGGUGGGGCCUUGUCACAGAUGCCAGAUGAUUUGCAUUGACCAAAAAACUGGGCAACGAAGCCAAGAUGUUUUCCAAAAACUUUCAGAGAGCCGUGAGAGAAAGGCAAACUUCGGUGUGUACCUGAUGCAUAAGUCUUUCGAGUCCUCAGCUCCAUGUUUCCUGUCUGUGGGAUCUCAGGUGCUCCCUGUGGCAAAGGAGGUCGUGGAAUGCCAGGAUUAACCUACUUCCCAGAGACACCAGGGUUUUACCUCCUAAAGUCUUUGCUAUGUGCAUUAAAGUUUCUCUUUCACAGCCAUUGCUACUAUUACUUGGAGCUUGAUUCAGUAGAUCGUGGACAGUUCUUUUCCUCUGGAGGGAGCUCAUGCUGCACCCAAGUCCUCGACUUUUCACUCUGCACAUGUACCAGCCAUGCUUAAAAAAAAAAAGUGCUCCUGAGGCCUCUGAACCAAAGGCUGUGCUCAUACCUCAUGGGGCUGCCAUUUGAAUUUGAAGAAUGAUCUGUUAUAGUCAGGUGACAUGUUUAGGAGGGCUCAUGGGGACUAGUAAACGACUCUAGGUCCUUCAGUUGUCAUUUUCUUAGACUCUUUAUGAUCUCAUGCAAUCCUUUCUCUUGAAAGUGGAAGGAGGAGGUGGGGGGUGUGCUCAGAGGCUCAGAGGGAGACUUCAAGACCACAUUCCUCAGGGGGAGUUUCAACCAAGGUAUUUAUAUUUUGAAUAGAAGCACAAGGUAAUAAUCAUCUUUUUGCUUUCUCACUUUGGCUACCAACCUUGUUGCCUUCUGAGUUGACACAUGAUAAAGUUAAAAUCAGCAUUAGCAAAUGCAAGCAGUGUUUUCACAGAGCUUAUGGGAUAGUAUCGGUCCCUCUACACAAAAACAUCCAAAUCCUAGUCCAGAGAUAAGUGUGCAGGUUCAAGGGUCCCAUCUGAACCAUGGCUGACUAGUGCUUCUGUAGCCUGAUGAUGAAUAUGUCCAGGGAGUAUCAGACAGCUUACUCUGAAAGGCUGUCACACUGAGUCCUCAAAAGUUCUCUCUAUGACUCCAAUGCGGUCAUGUGGAACAAUGUAGAGAACGCAUGUCACUUCUGCAAUCGCUCUGCCAGUGUCCUUCUGAAGCUUGUUCAUAUGUGGAUAGAGUGUGUGAACCCUGGCAUCUUCAGUACCAUCUGCCCUGACUAUUCAUUUGUCCAAUUUCUUUUCCAAGAUCUACCUCCCCACUGACCACAGGCACUUCCUAAGCCAGUGCCACCAUCACUGGGCUGUUUAAUUUUUCAGUGUGCCUCUCAGGCUUCCUUGUCCUAUUUAUUCAGAGGCCAAGGAUUCAGGCAACUUGUGCUCUCCCAUCUGUGAGAGGUUGUGCUGCUUCCCGUAGUACAUAGGAUGGGAAUAACAAGGCUUGCUCUCUCUCCAGAGUUGUUGAGAUGGACUCUUGUCAUUGUGCCAUCUUCUGGCAUGCAGGAUGAGUGGUAAGAAGUACACUUCUGGUUCUGUGCUUCCUGAGGUCAAUAAAGAAGAGGUAAAUGAAGAUAUCUAUAGGUUUUAUGACUUUGAUGUGUUGAUUGAAAACUCAGUCUCUAGCUGGGUGCUGGUAGCACAUACCUGUAACCCUAGCUACUCAGAAGACUGUGAUUUAGAUGACUGUGGCUUGAAACCAGCCUGGUCAGAAAGUCCAAGAAAUACCAGAUCUAAAAUAACAAGCAAAUUGGAACUGGCAGAACGCAGCCUCUUCCAGGCCCUGACAUACUGCAUCAUGCACUGGAGCCACUCUUCUCAGCGCCUGGUGGGAUGUGACACGAACUCUGCUUGCUGGCUUUACCCAGGCUCAGGCCUGUGUCCUAGAAGGAAGCUUCCUAGAGGACCCCCUGCAGCACCUUUCACGACCUUAUGUUGACAGAUGCAGCCCAUGAGAAGCAAUGGAAGCCGAGUCAGAAGCCACAUCGACCAACAUUUCAUCAUCUGUGUCAACGUUUUUGUCAGGUACAAAAGACACGGACAUUUUAUUCAGCUCUGCAUGCAUGUUUUGUGUGUUUUGCAAUUGACACUUCUUUGAAUGAUUUUAAACAUUUAGAUGUAAACUCUCUCUUUUACAGUACAACGACUUAAUCAGCUACUAAAAUUAUUAGUUUAGCAUUGAUUUAUCUCCAGGAGACCUGAAGCGCCAUGAGGUCAGGACUUCCUCCCAUUUGAUUCAAUAGUAUAUCUUUAGUGUUGUCAAAUAAUAAGUGCUCAGUAAUUUUUAUUUUUGAUUGCCGGUAUUUAUUUGAUGCCAGUAUUAAUUGUAAAAUUAAUUCAUCAAUUGAUUUAGCUCAUUAAUUACAUGUAGGUAGUUUACUAAUUUAAAUUAGACUGCUAUAUUUGAAAUCUGUAAUGUCCCUUAAAGGCCAUCUAUUAAAGGCUUCUUGGUGGUGACUAAGAGUUAGGGUCUCAUGGGAGGUUGUAGGGUGGGGGGUCAGGGUGCAUUUGAAAUGGAUUGUGGGAUCCCAGUCCUCUCAUUUUGCUCCUCAGCCAUGAGGUGAGCAGCUUUACUGUGCUAUGAACUUCCUCUGUGAUGUUCUACAGGCCCAAAGUAACAGGGUAAACUCGUGGUGGAUGGAAACCUCCAAAAACUGUGAGCCUUUUCUCUUUAUAAGUUAAUUGCUUCAAGUAUGUUAUCACAACAGAGGAUGGACUCACAGAUCCAGAGGGGAAGUUUCUGAAAGAGUUGAUGCUGGACAGAGGAGGGUCAAGAGGACAUUAUUGCAGAGGAAGCAAGUACAAAGAGGUGAUAUAAAGUCUUGGGGGUGAGAAGUAAG